AUGUCGUGUCAAACUGGCGUCGCUUCUACAAAUAUGUCGUGCGGUGUAUCAUCAAAUGCAGCAGGCGACCGGCGGUCGAACAUCCCGCAGAGACCGAAACUCACCCUUCAGACCAAAUCACUACCAACGACAUUUGGCACUUCAACAACGGGGCUGUCUCUCUCGUUAGCAGCAUGUGCCACAGCGUCUCCCACUGUGCGCAACACUUUUAAAAACGCUUAUGAUGUCUCCUGUCCGCCUUCUGCUACCGUAUCACCCUCCAAAUCUUCCAUGUCAAGAUUUGGCAAACCCUCGUCACCAUAUCCCACUAAUGCUAAUGGGAAUCCAUAUCAACAACCACUUGGAGUGAAGAGUAUUCUUCGGAAUUCGCCGUUAGAGCCUACUGCUAGACGGCGAUCGAUAUCCGUGGCCCCGAACGGGCCUAAUGGGGGAUCGAGCUCGCGCAGGAUGUUUUUCCCCGCUGAGAAACGGGUGAGCUAUCGGUAUCCACUCGAGGAGGAGAUCACGACCGUGCACUACACCGCGCGCCAUUCCGACCUCACUGACCAGGUGGAACAUCACCCUUCUGGAGAGGCUGGCUCUGGCGAGUACUCGGAUACCAAUUCUAGCCGUACUUCGUCCGACAUGAACCCCUCCGAUGAGGACGAGUAUGGCACCACAUCACAGUCCCAAAGUGAAAGGAAGAGGAAACCUUUAGCUGCGGAAAGACAGAUUCGUGCAGUGGCACUAUUGGACAGGCUUGAGACUAAUCCGUAUGGUUCCUCCACCCCCCAGACACCGCGCCAGCAUCGCGUCAAGCGCCGUUGCGAAUGGAGAUGGACCUUGGGACCGUUGGAAAAGCGGAACGAGCUUAUCCAAUUACCUCAAACACCCGAAGAUGCAUCUCCUAAGCUUCCUGGGGCCAGCGGCGCACCUGAAUCGGAUGUGAGCACUCAUCAUGACAAGGACACUGAGAGCUUGGCAACCAGUGACUCGGAGGAUAGUCGGUCUUCCAGCGCUUCGGAGCGGCUCUCCAGCCCAAAUUCAUCUGUCGCUUCUCCUGAGGGCAAGGCCGAUGGCUCAAGCACAAAUCAAGCCCUUGAGACUGAGCUACCCGACACCGAUAGAUCUGAAGAUCCCUGA